AUGCAGACUGCUUCUAAAAACAUUUGUGAAAGCCUGUGCAAUAAAUCCAUCCAUGAAAUUUUCUUGCUACUAAAUAUUCCACGGUCAACUGUUAGUUGUAUUAUAACAAAGUGGAGGCAACUGGGAACAACAGCAAAUCAGCCAUGAAAAAUUACAGAGCGGGGUCAACGCAUGCUGAAGCGCACAGUGCGCAGAAGUCACCAACUGUCUGCAGAGUCAAUAGCUAAAGACCUCCAAUCUUCAUGUGGCCUUCAGAUUAGCACAACAGUGUGUAGAGAGCUUCAUGGAAUGGGUUUUCUUGGCCGAGUAGCUGCUACCAAACCUUACAUCACCAAGAGUAAUGCAAAGAAUCAUAUGCAGUAGUGUAAAGCACACCACCACUGGACUCUAG